UUUAUAAGUAUUGUCGUUGUUUAAAAUAAUAAUAAGUGUAAGAUGAAAUAACGUGUCACAUGUGCCGUAGAUUGUAUUAAUCUUGGCACUUAGUCUGUGGUUUGUGAACGAUCUCAAAGCUGAUUUACGCUCGAUAUUAUUGAUCUGACGUAAUUUGUUUGAUAUGUUCUGUGUAACUUUGUGUGUAACUGAAUUAGAUCUUGUGACGGAAAGUUUGAAUGAACGGAGUAUCUUCUUUCACGAAACAUCCUGUUUCGGUACCGGCACUAUUUAUCUGACUUCAAGACAACUGUGCGCCAUCGAGUCUGCAGCCCACAUGAAUCCGAACAUGACAAUAUACCUUUUAGUACUAAGUCACUCAAAUGUAUCAGAGAUAACUCGCAAGUCGAUAAUGGUUCUAUCAUCCGCUUAUAAUAACAUUGAAAUUUAUCGUAUUGUCAUCGAUGAUUAUAUCGAAAAUACUCCACUCGAAAAGUGGUGGAAUAGCAGGAUAUUGGAAUUCAGUCAGUGGCCUAGAAGUCAUGCCUCUGAUGUUCUACGGUAUUUAACACUAUGGAAAUAUGGAGGAAUCUACCUUGAUUUAGAUUUUGUAAUUAUUUCAUCACUGCAGAACUUGACAAACUUUGCAGGUGCUGAGGAUUGGGAGAAUGUUGCGGCUGGAGCUAUUGGAUUAACAAAAACAUCGAUGUUAGGUCGGAAAAUAGCUGAUGCUUGUAUUCGAGACUUAAAAAAAAAUUUUCGUGGUAAUGAUUGGGGCAAUAAUGGGCCAGGAGUAAUCACACGAGCACUCCAAAAAAUUUGUGCAACUAAAUAUACAUAUCAACUGAGAGGAGACUACAAGGAAUUAUAAGCAUUGAGCUAUUUUUGGGGGAAACACCACCAAAAGGAGUUCAACUCAAAAGCCCAGGGGCAAUGCAUCAUGCCAGAUUUCUGUCCAAAGCAAUUUACUGCUUGAAAAUAUUUUGUUUCGUAAACAAUUAAAUCUCGGAACAACUGAUUUGAAAGCUCUUCGAGAAAUUUGUAUUUUUAUUAUUAAAUUUUGUUUAAAGGCCUGGUUUAAUGCACUUUUGGCUAUAAACGCAGCAAAUAAUGACUCAACAUUGCUUACAAGUUUAAUUUAAUAUGAAAAAAGUAAUCGAACUAUUUCUGAAGCAGCAAGUUUGAAAUUAUCGAAUCAUAUGUGGUAUUGUUCUGAAGAACUGAUUGAGUUGGUUUUAUUUGAUGAAACAGUAACAUGUGAUGUAAAGAAAAAAUAGUCAAAGCAAUGGGUGAACGAGAUAAUUUUUCUUCAUAUAGCAAGCGCUUCAUAAUUGGAAUAAAACCAAAUAAAAACAUUACUCGAUAAAGAUCUUAUUCAAAAAGAUCUUUAAUGUUAUUUGAGCAAUACAAUUUAUCAUAUAAUUUUAUACACACUGAUCCAAGUCACUGGCAAAACAAUGAUGAAUAUGAAAUUGCUAAAAAAGUAUUUAUUGAUUUAAAAGUAGUAAAUGAUAUAACUGAACGAGGUGUUUCUCUUGUAGAAAAUUUAAAUCAAUGCUUGACGCAUGAUGAAGAACAAAUGCAGUAUUUAUUACUUAAGUUAUUCAGAAUCAUAGUAAAAAAUUACCUUAUUGUGAUCAAAAUAUUAUAUCAGCUUUAGAUAUA